CAGUGUAAAUUAACCACAUUUUCCUCCUCAGCCUGGUGCGGUGUGACGUCAUUUGGCUGCGCCGAGUGAGGACCCGGAUCCCGGAAGUGCCCCUUCCCCAGUCUUGGCGCUGAACGCGGGACACAAGGUCUGAACAACGUGCUGCUCUGUGGGUGCCUGGACCCCCGAGGUGGGACAUUCGGGAGCCUCAGCUCCGUGGCCGACAGAGAGACUCACCUCCGAGAGCUGGACGAGAGGGUUUCUAGCCCCCCCGGCCCCCAGGACCCCAAGGGCUGCUGCUGCCGCGGAAAACAGGUUUGUUCCAACUCUAGGAGCAUGCCUACAAACUGCAUUGAAAGAUCCAGGCAAGCCACAACUGCCUAAGGAAGAAGAGCUGUGAAAUAUCCUCCAGAUUAGAUUCUUAUUGCUCAGACUGUCUGAGAGUGGAAAACCAGAGGAAGACGGUUGGAGGCAGAACUAUUGACAAUGCAAACACUGGAAUCAGUGACCUUCAAUGAUGUAGCUAUAGACUUUGAUGCAGAAGAGUGGGCCUUGAUGGACACAAGCCAGAGAAACCUGUUCAGACAUGUUAUGCUGGAGAGUAUCAGUCAUCUGGUGUCAGUGGGGUAUCAGCUCUGCAAAUCAGAAGUUGUUUCCCAGUUGGAACAAGGAGAGGAACUAUGGAGAGAAGGAUUAGGAUUUCUCCAAGGACAGAGUACAAGCAGACAAAAAGACCAUAGAAAAGAAGAUAUGAUAACCAUUCCACAUAUCUGCAAUAAGGAAAAAUAUAUCAUGCAGUCAAAGCAGCAGAUGUCUACCAUUGGAGAGGAUCCCUUUAAGAGUAGUGAUUUGGGAGAAGAUUUAAUUCACUCCACAUUGCUCAAAAUGGAGACAAAGCGCUAUGUAAAUGAACAAUCUCAGAAACCUAUGAAUUAUCAGUCGUUCUUUGCUAGACAUAAGCAGAUUCAGUCUGGAUGUAAUUCAUAUGAUUAUCAUCUAUGUGGAAAAGCCUUCAGAAAUAUUUCUGUCCUUCAACAGUGUGAAAGAACUUGCACUGGAGAGAAAUCAUAUGUCUGCCAUCUAUGUGGGAAAUCCUUCAAUCAAAGUGGUAAACUUAGGCAACAUGAGAGAACUCACAAUGGGGAGAAACCAUAUGUCUGCCGUCUGUGUGGGAAAUCCUAUAGUCAUCAUCGUAACCUUAGGCAACAUGAGAAAUCUCACACUGGGGAGACACCACACAUCUGCCAUUUAUGUGGGAAAUCCUUCAGUCUACGUGGUAACCUCAGGAAACAUGAGAGAACUCACACUGGGGAGAAACCAUACAUCUGCAGUUUAUGUGGGAAAUCCUUCAGUCAAAGUAGUCACCUUAGGCAACAUGAGAGAACUCACACUGGGGAGACACCAUACAUCUGCCAUAUAUGUGGGAUAUCCUUUAGUCUAAGUGGUAAACUGAGGCAACAUGAGAGAACUCACACUGGGGAGAAACCAUAUGUCUGCCAUCUGUGUGGGAAAGACUUCCCUACUAGGUUUACCCUCAGAGAACAUGUGAGAACUCACACUGGGGAGAAACCAUAUGUCUGCCAUUUGUGUGGGAAAUCCUUCAGUCAAAGUGGUAAACUUAGGCAACAUGAGAGAACUCACAAUGGGGAGAAACCAUACAUCUGCCAUCUAUGUGGAAAAUCCUUCCGUCACAGUGGUGGCCUUAGGGAACAUGAGAGAACUCACACUGGGGAGACACCAUAUGUCUGUCAUUUAUGUGGGAAAUCCUUCAGUAAAAGUGGUAACCUUAGGCAACACCAGAGAACUCACACUGGGGAGACACCAUAUGUCUGUCAUUUAUGUGGGAAAUCCUUCAGUCUAAGUGGUAACCUUAGGCAACACAAGAAAACCCACACUGGGGAGAAACCAUAUACAUGCCAUCUAUGUGGGAAAGACUUCACUUAUAGGUCUGCCCUCACUCUACAUGUAAGAACUCACACUGGGGAGAAACCAUUCAUCUGCCAUCUGUGUGGGAAAUCCUUCAGUCAGUGUGGUAGCCUUAGGGGACAUGAGAGAACUCAUACUGGGGAGAAACCAUAUGUAUGCCAUCUGUGUGGGAAAGACUUCACUACUAAUUCUAGCUUUGUACGACAUAUGAGAACUCACACUGGAUAGAAUGCAUACAUCUGCCAUCUGUGUGAAAUCCUUAAGUCAAUAUGGUAUCCAUAAGUAAUGUGAGAGAACUUACACUGGGGAGAAACCAUAUAUCUGCCAUUUAUGACAAAAUCCUUCUGUCAAUGUGGUACCCUUAGGCAACUUGGGAGAAAUCACACUGGGAAGAAAGCAUAUGUCAGCUUUUGUUGCAGGAAAGACUUUACUGAUAGGAUGAUCCUCAGACAGCAUGAGAUAAUUAACACUGGGCAGAAAGCAUUUUCCUGAUCUAUGAGAGAAAAUCUUUAUACAUAAUUCUGACACUAGGAAUAUCAUAGAACUCAAUAAAUAUGUUGUGCAUAUGGAAGAGUUUUCAGACACACCUACAAGCAUUUAAAAAGUAAAAAGAAAAACACAGCAGUGUCAUCAGUGUCUAAAUGCCUUUAUUUACAAUAUAUCCUUAAACAACAUGAUUGCACUAUCCUGGGAGAAACACUUAUAAUUACAUAUAAUAGAUUUCAGCUGUUGUUCAAUGUUAUGCAGCAUUGGUAUAUGCAAGCAUAGCUAGAGUAGGAAUAACUCCAAACCCAGAAAACUGCAUAGGAUAGACAUUAUCAGUAGGAGGAAACUCUAGAAGAACCCUAGAACAUAAUUAUUGGUGGAAUAAUUACUUAAUGGAGAAGUGUGUGAAAUCCCUGUCUUAUAGAGCAAUGUGUGGAAUAUAUGUGAAGUUUUACAUUUUAUAAAAUAUUCUCUAUGUAUAGAAUGAAGAAAAGUCUUUGGUGGCUUUGAAUUUAUUCCUCAAUGUUUAAUUUCCCAUCCUGAGGAAAUAUCAACACUAAAAUCAAAUCAAAAAGUGUUCAGCUGGAGUUCACAUCAGGAAUAUCAGACUGGGAAAAACAUCUAAAGAGAAUGCUUUACAACAUAAUUCAACCAUGAAUUCAGAGUUCUGACUUUAAACUAUUCAUGAAAAACAAAUUAAAACAUAGGAUUGUGAAGUGAUCUGGGAAUGCUGAAUGCAGAAUUUUGUAAUGAUUUGUAGGCAAGGAAAUCAAUUUUUUCUCAGUGCUCUUGCAUAUACUUAUGAAGUAAAAGAAGUAGCUGAAAAUUGUAUAAUGCUCAGCUUCCAUUUUUUUUCACAGAAAUCUAAACAUAAAUAUUAUGACUUAAACCAGAGAACUUUGAGUGUUAACAGAAGAAUGUGCAGACCAAGCUUCUGUGUCAUGCUAUAUAAUCUGAACAGGUAUGAAUAUAGCAAUAAUGAAUGGCAUAUAAAUAAAUAGGUAACUUUGUGUUCA